CUUCCCACCCGGUGAAGGAGGAUGGAGGUGGUAGAGUACUAACUGCCUUCACCAACUCCUCAGAGUCCUGAUGGAAGGAAGUCUAGCAGCAGUUCUAAAAGGGAACCGGACGGCCAUGUAGAACUGCAAUGCUUAAUUUUUUUGUUGUUGUUUUUUUUGUGUCCUAGCCAUUUUCAAUGUGCUAUUGAGUAUGUAGUGAAAUCUAUGGACUAGAAAGAGUGUGAGCACAUGCAAAAACGUUUACUGAAAAUUUUAGACGCCGUCAUGCAAUCAGGGGUAAGAACCCAUACUUGGCUGAGAUGACGGUUGAUGCAAAACAAAGAGGAAAACAAACACAUUUUCUUACAGCAGGUUCUGAAGGAAUAUUUCUGCAUGUCACAGUUCCACGCAAGAUGAUGUCAAAUGAGAGUGAAGUUGCAGAGAGGAAGAUUAUUUACAUCAUUACAAUUGAUGGACAGCUGUACACUCUACAUCUCAGAAAGAACUCAUUCUUACCCCAGAACUUUUUGGUUUUUACAUAUAGUGAAACUGGAUCUUUGCAUGCUGAGUCUCCAUAUUUUAUGAUGCAUUGCCAUUACCAAGGAUAUGCUGCCGAAUUUCCAAAUUCAUUUGUGACACUCAGUAUAUGUUCUGGUCUCAGGGGAUUUCUUCAGUUUGAAAAUAUUAGUUAUGGAAUUGAACCAUUGGAAUUUUCAGCAAGAUUUGAACAUAUAAUUUAUCAAAUGAAAAAUAAUGAUCCAAAUGUAUCAAGUUUAGCAGAAAAUUACAGCCAUAUUUGGCAGAAAGACCAGCCCUACAAAGUUCAUUUAAACUCACAGAAAAAAAAUCUUUCAAAACUAUUACCCCAAUAUCUGGAAAUACACAUUAUAGUGGAAAAAGCUUUGUAUGAUUAUAUGGGAUCUGAAAUGAUGACUGUAACACAAAAAAUUGUCCAGGUUAUUGGGCUUGUCAACACAAUGUUUACCCAGUUGAAAUUGACUGUUAUACUGUCUUCCUUGGAAUUAUGGUCAAAUGAAAACCAGAUUUCCACCAGUGGGGAUGCUGAUGCUAUAUUACAAAGAUUUUUGGCAUGGAAACGGGACUAUCUUACCCUACAGCCCCAUGACGUAGCAUACUUAUUUGUUUACAGGAAACAUCCUAAAUAUGUGGGAGCAACAUUUCCUGGCACCAUAUGCAAUAAAAGCUAUGAUGCAGGUAUUGUUAUGUAUCCAGAUGCUAUAGGUUUGGAGGGAUUUUCAGUUAUUAUAGCUCAACUGCUUGGCCUUAAUGUAGGAUUAACAUAUGAUGAUGUCACUCAGUGUUCCUGUAUGAGAGCUACAUGCAUCAUGAAUCGUGAAGCGGUGAGUGCCAGCGGUAUAAAGAUUUUUAGCAACUGCAGCAUGCACGACUAUAGAUAUUUUGUUUCAAAACUUGAAGUUAAAUGCCUUCAGAAGUUUUCAAAUUUGCAACCAUUACAUCAAAAUCAACCAGUGUGUGGUAAUGGGAUUUUGGAAUCCAAUGAAGAAUGUGACUGUGGUAAUAAAGAGGAAUGCCAGUUUAAGAAGUGCUGUGAUUAUAACACAUGUAAACUGAAGGGCUCAGUAAAAUGUGGUUCUGGACCAUGUUGCACAUCAAAGUGUGAGUUGUCAAUGGCAGGCACUCCAUGUAGAAAGAGUAUUGAUCCAGAGUGUGAUUUUACAGAGUACUGCAAUGGAACCUCUAGUAAUUGUGUCCCUGACACUUACGCAUUGAAUGGCCAUUUGUGCAAGUUGGGAACUGCGUAUUGUUAUAAUGGACAAUGUCAAACUACUGAUAACCAGUGUGCCAAGAUAUUUGGAAAAGGUGCUCAAGGUGCUCCACUUGCCUGUUUUAAAGAAGUUAAUUCUCUGAAUGAAAGAUCUGAAAACUGUGGUUUUAAAAAUUCACAACCAUUGCCUUGUGAACAGAAGGAUGUUCUCUGUGGAAAAUUAGCUUGUGUUCAGCCACAUAAAAAUACUUAUAAAAGUGACGUUCAAGCCACAGUUUAUUCAUACAUUCAAGACCAUGUAUGUGUAUCUAUAGCCACUGGGACCUCCGUGAGAUCAGAUGGAACAGACAAUGCCUAUGUGGCUGAUGGCACCAUGUGUGGACCAGAAAUGUACUGUGUAAAUAAAACCUGCAGAAAAGCUCUUUUAAUGGGAUAUAACUGUAAUGCCACUACAAAAUGCAGAGGGAAAGGGAUCUGUAAUAAUUUUGGUAAUUGUCAAUGCUUCCCUGGACAUAGACCUCCAGAUUGUAAAUUCCAGAUUGGUUCCCCAGGGGGUAGUAUUGAUGAUGGAAAGUUUCAGAAAUCUGGAGGGAGUGUGUGAGUGAAGGGGGCGAGAACUGGAGUACAUAAGCACUGGAACCAGCUGGCUGAUUCAGUGCCAGCAGGGACAAAAUCCACUCACUGGGACCUGAUGUAUUCCAACCCUUGAAGGAGAGAGAGCACAGGUAGGAGCCAGGGGGAACACUUUGAGCAUCGACAGAAGCAAACUUGGUGCGGGCCCUGCAGCAGCAUCUGGAGGGAUUCCAGUGACCCUUGAAGCUCCAGAGGGCAUGUUGCCAUGCUUCUUCAGUUCUGCCAUCUGCAGACAGCUUAGGUAUGAACAGCUAAGUGGACCCGCUGCCUUUUCAUGUGAGGUGGUUGCUCUCCACUAGCAAGGGCAAAGGGCCAAUGUGACAGCCUUUUGCAUCCACACUCAUGGCUCCUGAGCUCUUGUCUAGUGUCCAGUAAAAAUGAAGUCAUGUGAAUGAAUUGAAAUAUGGUAAAUGUAGGGGAUUUUAUUGCUGAUGAAAGUGGUUUUCAGUGGAAAGGGCAGCUGAAAAGGGGCCAAAGUGAGAUGAUAAUCUUCCCCUGAAGUCCAGCUGUCUCUGGCCAGAUUCUUCUCUAAAGUUAUGCCGUCAAGCUUCCUUCUAAAGUCAAAUCACUUCUCUUCAAUGUCUAGCCACACUCUCUGAUGUCCAGCUGCUUCUCCUCUCUGCCAGCUGAGUCUGGGGUCUUUAUAGGCACAGGAUGGUGGUGGGAUGGGGACAUGGGUGGUUUAGGAAUAGGCAACAUUCAACUGGGAAAAGUUCUCACUUUCGGCUGCAGCCUCAAGCUUUUCAGCUUGAGAGUUGGCCUUAGUUAGGGCCUACUAACUUUUCUGCCUAGAAUUUUUCUGCCCCUGUCCCUGUCAAUAUCAUAAACUACUUAUUGAUUCAGCUGUUCAUUCAUUCAUACAUUUCCUCCACAAACAUGUUAUUGGGUUUCUGGUGAGGCAACAAAAUCGAGAUUCACAUUUUAUAAAGUCCACCCAAGCAGCAAUGUGGGAAAUGGGUUUGGUUAUAUGAGUCUUAAGGAAUGCAAAUUGCUGAGAAAUCAGUAACCUUAACUUAAGGUCCCAAAGUAGACAAUAAAA